AUGGUGUCGUUCGGUCGAACGUCGAGACUCGUCGGGUUUCUCGUCGUUUCGACGAUUCUGUUCGACGGUUCGCGAGCCACCGAGAAAAUUAAGACGGCUUCUGUUGACUUGAAACGCGUGGAGGACCUCGAAGCUUCUCCCAGCGUCCAUGGAGAUGGAGGCAAAUACGGGGAGAAGGGUGGAGGUACAAAGUUUCACGAGGAUCACCAUUCUGUCGAUGAAGAAAAGGGCGACAAGGGCUACAAAGUUUUCCACGAGCACGAUAAGGGCCAGAAAGGGCAUCACGACAUAGAGAACCAUAAAGGAAAAUAUGAUGAAAAGAAAGGGGAAGAGGAGAAAGAGCACGAGGAGGUAGAUCAUUACGAUGAAAAGCAUCAUGGCGAGGAAGGCGAAAAGGCAGCGAAAUUCGACGAGGAAGGGAAACACCAGAAGGGCUACAGCACUAAAGGUGGCCACAGUAUCUUCAAGAAGGACGAGUACGAAAAGAAGCACGACUUUUACGACGAGUACCACGAAGACGGUGAAAAUGAGAAGCAUGGAGGUUACCAUCACGAACACGAGGGCAAAAAGGGUGGCCACGAGAAGAAGGGACAGCUGGACUCUGCUCGUCACGAGCAUCAUCACGGCAAGAAGAAGAAGCAAGAGCAGGGCCAUCAUCAUCGUAAUCAGAAGGGUCGUAAACAAAGCGAGGGCCAGGACAGCCAUCAUCGAGGCGAGAAGAAAUAUGGGAAAAAUGGUGGACACGAAUCGGGGAAGAAAUGGUUCGCGAGCAACGGACAUUAA